GAAGGCACUCUUUCUCUUCUACCACCACUACGCUGGUUUACACUGCUGCAUACUCACCCAACACUUUAUCACUGGAAUAUUCAACAUGGCGCCCGUUGCAACGACUGAGAACGGAUCGAGGGCUAACGGGAAUCAUGCGUCCGAUGGCAAAAAGGACUCUGCACCGGUUCACCUGUCUUCUGCAGACGUGAUUCAGCUAGAGCACCAAUAUGGCGCACAUAACUACCACCCGCUGCCAAUCGUGUUCGAGUCGGCCAAGGGGGCGAAAGUAUGGGAUCCUGAAGGCAAGGAAUACAUCGACAUGUUGUCGGCCUAUUCCGCCGUCAACCAAGGCCACUGCCACCCCAGGAUCGUCGCCACCCUGGUUGAUCAGGCGCAAAAACUCACCCUGUCCUCGCGCGCCUUCUACAACUCCGUCUUCGGGCGCUUCGCGAAGAUGGUCACGGAGAUGUUCAGCUACGACAUGGUGCUCCCGAUGAACACGGGUGCGGAGGCCGUCGAGACCGCGAUCAAGCUCGCGCGCAAGUGGGCGUACCAGAGGAAGGGCGUGCCCGAGGGCAAGGCGGUGGUGCUGAGUGUUGCGGGGAAUUUCCAUGGGCGGACGAUCGGCGUGAUCAGUAUGAGCACGGACCCGGAGAGUAGGGUGGGAUUCGGGCCGUACUUGGAGGGUGUUGGCCCUUCCUACAAGGAUGGCGACAAGACGAGGACCAUCGAAUACGGCAACGUGGCGGAUCUCGAGCGUGCCCUGGAAUUGUACGGGGAGAACGUAGCUGCAUUCCUCGUAGAGCCCAUCCAAGGCGAGGCAGGGAUCGUCGUUCCGCCCGAGGGCUACCUGCAGAAAGUCCGACAACUGUGCAUCAAGCAUAAUGUCCUGCUAAUCUGCGACGAGAUUCAAACCGGUCUUUGCCGGACUGGCAAGAUGCUCUGCUGCGAGCAUGACCAGAUCAGACCGGAUGUCAUCCUGCUCGGCAAGGCGUUAUCUGGUGGAGUGUACCCCGUGUCGGCCGUCUUAGCCGAUCGCGACGUUAUGCUGUGCAUCCAGCCUGGCGAGCACGGAAGUACCUACGGAGGCAACCCCCUCGGCUGUGCAGUGGCCAUGACUGCGCUGCGCGUCCUCGUCGAAGAAAACCUCGCGGAACGGGCCGCAAGGCUAGGCGAGAAGUUCCGCUCCGCAAUCCGGGCGAUCGACUCACCGCUCGUGAAAGAGGUCCGCGGGCGCGGGCUGCUCAACGCCGUCGUCAUCGACGAGGGACAGAGUAAGAAGGGGCACUCGGCAUGGCAGUUCUGCCUGCUGCUUAAGAGCCGCGGGGUACUUGCCAAGCCCACGCAUGUGAACAUUAUUCGAUUUGCGCCGCCACUUGUGAUCUCUGAGGAGGAUUUGGAUAAGGCUAUCGGGAUCAUCGAGAGCUGCCUCAAUGAUCUCGACAAGCUGGAUGAUAUUCCGGGAGAAGUGGAUAGCGAGAAGGGUUUCAAGGAUGUUCUGGACAACUGAGCAGGCCUCCCCAUUAUGGGCGGCCGGUAGCAGUGUAGGUUGAGACACUGUAUCUGUUCUAAGUUUACAUGUAUUCUUGGCAUACAACCCGCAUUAUUUUCCUGUAGCGCGAACCCCGAAAUAAAAAGCCAAAAAGGACGAAGGA